UCAUUCUGUUCAUUGGCCACCUCGAGAAGACCAACAACCUACACGCACUUGACCAAGCCAUCGAGUCCGCUUACCAGAAGGCUCCCAGGUUUAUGGAUACCUUUAAUAUAAUAGGCGUUGAUUCCUUUCUCAAAUUUGCUAACGACCUACUUAAAUGGAUUCCUCACGAGGGCAGUGAAGGACAAUAUGUCUAUAACACUCUUUGCAUGUUUUAUUUUGUUUUCAACCAGUCCCCCCUCAAGGAGCUCCAAACCCCGAUCACUCCCGAUGCGAGUGGGCGGCCGCUUACCUGGCUCUCGUCUUGGCUCGUUGUUUAUUCCCAACUCGUGGGCCUCUGGAUGGACACCACCGAGUCUCUUACUGAAGAAUCUUUAGAAUCCUUCAAGCAGUCGAAGCAUUACAAUGUUGACGAGGCACUACCUCCUCCUGGCGGCUGGAAAACGUUCAACGAGUUCUUCUCUCGACAACUCAAGGCAGAUGCGAGGCCCAUCGAAAGCCCCCUCGACGAUAAAGUCAUUGUCUACCCUGCCGACUGUAAGUACGACUCGUCGGUAGCCGACCAUGUAGUUUCUAUUUCGUCUACGGGGACCGUACUUAUCAAAAACCUCCCGUGGACUAUCGGUUCGCUGCUACAAGGUAGCGAGUAUGCAGACGAAUUUAAUGGGGGUGUAUGGAUGCAUGGGUUUCUGAACACAUAUAACUAUCACCGUCAGCAUGCACCAGUAUCAGGAGAGGUGAUAGAAGCCAAGAUCAUCCAGGGUAGCAGUUAUGUUGAAGUGGACGUGGAUGGAAACAAGCUUCAAGCUCCACUCACUCCCGGCUUCCAAUUUAUGCAGACCCGAGGCUUGAUUAUUAUUAACAACGCCGUCUUAGGAAAGGUUGCAGUGCUACCUAUUGGGAUGGCUGUUGUUUCAUCGGUCAAGUUGUUAGUUCGCAAAAACCAACAAUUAAAGAAGGGGGACGAGAUUUCGACCUUUUUAUUUGGAGGGUCUGAUAUUGUUUGCGUGUUCCAGAGGAAGGCGGGUUUGGCAGUUGAGAGCUUCGUGCCUUCGGCGCCGGGGAAGUACUCAUAUUCGAAGAUGGGCAGUACGUUGGCAAAUGCACCGUGACCGAUCGCAAAAAUCUCUAGUCCGUCACAGGAAGGCUUUAUCCAACUAUGACUGAUUUAAAAAAAGAUCGACACCUGUGUGAUUCGAACACACGCCCCCGAAGGGAAUGCCUAGUCUAUCAGUCAAUAGCAGGGCAUCGCGUUAACCA